UGCUGUAGGUAGCUAGACGCACUACAAGUUGCUCUCACCAACCCAAGAAAGUUGUAUUUGCAGGAGCCAUCACUAGACUUUGUACUCUCAUCCUCCUGCUUGGUAACUCCUACAAGUAACAUAAUACCAUUAAAACCAUCAUGAAGCAUAAUUCAACCUUCCUCUUCAUCAGUGUUGUGGUGCUCUCAGUACUGGUACAUACUUGUAUAGGUGAGCCGUGUCCUGGGGAUCACAAGUGUACUCACAUGGGUUAUAUGAUAGUAGAUGAAGUAACUGGUGAAGCUGGCUAUUGCGUAACCCUCAACGCCGCCCCUAUUUGUGCAGGCGUUGAUAUGAACGGAAAUAAAUUGACUACCAAGGCCUCAAACCCAGAAGAAAUUCCCAUUACCACAACUACAACUGCCGCCACCACCAGUCCUAUCACCACUACCACCAUCACCACAUCUAAAACUACCACUCCUACUGCAACCACCACGCCAACCAGCGGUCCGUGUUCUGGGGAUCACAAGUGUACUGGCAUAGGUUAUAUGAUCGUAGACGAAGUAACUGGUGAAGCUGGCUUCUGCGUAGCCCCUAACACCGUCCCUCUUUGUGCAGGCGUUGAUAUAAACGGAAAUUUAUUGACCACCAAGGCCUCAGAUCCAGAAGAAAUUCCCAUUACCACAACUACAACUGCCGCCACCACCAGUCCUAUCACCACUACCACCAUCACCACAUCUUAA